AGCUGUCAUCCAAUCACGCCGCUUUGUUCUCUGAACUGUGCCCCAUUGCGAUCAUCGCAGUCAUGUUUUCCGCCCACAUUACUCGCACUGGACACUUUGCUUGAACACUGAAAUCUUGAGAAAUGAAAUCGAUGGUUUCCCAACUUCUCAGUGAUCUGCAGGCGAGCCGGAAGAAUGGAUUAAUGACAUAUCACCGUUACGUCGACGGAUUAACCUGCUUCUACUGUACCCUAUAAAGACGCAGCUCGAUACCUUUCCAUCGCUACAUUCAAGCUCUUUCCAUCAUGGUGACUUCUAUCGAUCAAGCUCGCUGCAUCCUCGUUGUCGGCGCUACCUCCGGGAUCGGACGCGCGCUUGCGCUCGCUAUCUCUGAGCUGCCGAGCAAGCCCACCGUGAUCGCUGCUGGAAGAAGAGCAGAUCGCCUGGCUGAACUUGCCGCCAAGGGCCUGAAGACUGUCCAGCUCGACGUCACUGAGGAUGAUGCGGCGUUGAAGACCAAGGUCGACGCUUUGAUCGCCCAGUACCCUACUCUCGACGGAGUCUUGCUGUGCUCAGGGAUCCAAUACCAGCAGAACUUCUUGGGCGAGGUCAAGCUUCAGGAAAUGAAGAAAGAAGUGCAGGUCAACUACUUGGCGGUGGUGACCCUCAUCACGUUGUUCUUGCCGCACUUCCUGAAGCUUUCGGGCGAAGGACUGCCGUCCUGGAUCAUCCCUGUUUCCUCAGGCUUGGGCAUCCUGCCUUCUAGCCAGAUGCCCAACUACUCUGCGACUAAGGCCGCCCUGCGCAGCUUCACGAUCUCUCUGCGCGACCAGCUGACUGAGACCAAGGUCGGUGUCAUCGACAUCAUCCCGCCCCUGGUCGAGUCUGAGCUGCACGAUGAACAAGGCACUACCGCAUUCCUGUCGAAGAUCUGGAUGCCGCUGGUGGACUACACAGCCCACACGCUCAAGGGCCUGCGCGAAGGAAAGACAGAUAUCGGAGCGGGCAUGUCCGAGAAGGGCGUCGAGCGUCUCAUCGCUGCUGGGUUCAACGUCCCCAUGCCCAUUCCCAAAUUCCACUAAUUAGUGUCACUGCGAGUGCCCCGAAUGUAAUAAUCACAUGAAAUGAUAAACAGAAAUCCCGUAGCAAGUGUCGAAUGAUGCAGCGCAUCUUAGCGAUUGGGUUCGUUUCGGAAACGGUCUCGAAGCAGAUCGCUUCGGAUUUCCUGCACCUGCCAGCAGCAAUGCGAAAUUGGAAGGGUGAUACAACGUGCUGUCGUCAGAAUGCGCCAGAAAGCAAUGGUUUCUGGAAUCUCAGUAGCAUGAUCACUAUAACCUGCCUGCCACCGAGUGAGCUGACCGGGUGACUCCAGCUCGAGAAGAUGCACUGGCUGCCAGCCUUCCGAAGCUCCAGACCAUCCAUGAGAUCCCCGUCCACAUAUGUCAGUAACCUCGUGCUUCGUCGACAAAGGGUAGAGUUUGUGGCGCAGAAAAAUGCAGCGAGGGCCAAGAGUUGUCCUUGUGGCCGCGUCGCGAGCAGGGAUUCAGAUGGGCGGACACUUUGAUUUGCCGAGAGACCAGCCGGUCUUCUGAGACGAAGCUGAGUCUUGAAGAGUUCCCAGUGGGACAAGCAAGCGAUACGGCUCUUUCGGAAAUUGUCCAGGAUCCGAACAAUUGCAUGGAGUUCUCUCCGUGGAUGUAUUGGAGAGGGAUUGAUCAUGGUGAGCUGAGC